CGGUCUCGCCAUUGGAGGGCAGCAUUACGCUUUCUCCGCACAAAACACCGCGAGAAGAAGAGGAAAUGUCGAACGAGAGGUCCUUUUUUGGUAUGCUUAUUUAGGCGUAACUAGUGUUCUCGCUCCUGUUUUGACUCCACGGCGAAAUUGAAAUGUCGAAGUCACUGAAGAAAAUAGUGGAUGAGAGCCGGGAGAAGAACCUUCCAGAUGUCGAAAUGUGCGACAGAGGCAUUUCGAACAUGCUGGAUGUGCCCGGAUUAUUCACGUUGUCCCACAUCACGCAGCUGGUCCUGAGUCACAACAAGCUCACAGUGGUGCCCGCUAACAUCUCUGAGCUGAAAAAUCUGGAGGUUCUUAACAUGUUCAACAACCAAAUUGAAGAGCUACCAACUCAAAUAAGCAGUCUUCAGAAGUUGAAACACCUUAAUCUUGGAAUGAACCGCCUUUACAACUUGCCCAGAGGCUUUGGUUCUUUGCCAGCACUUGAAGUUUUGGACCUCACCUACAAUAACCUGAGCCAAAAUUCCUUGCCUGGAAACUUCUUCUAUCUCACAACUCUUCGUGCUCUAUAUCUGAGUGAUAAUGACUUUGAAAUCCUGCCAGCUGACAUUGGGAAGAUGACCAAGCUGCAAAUAUUAAGCUUGCGGGACAACGAUCUGAUCUCACUGCCGAAGGAUAUUGGGGAGUUGGUACAACUCAAGGAACUUCACAUCCAGGGAAAUAGACUAACUGUACUGCCUCCAGAACUUGGUAAUCUUGAUCUGACUGGUCCAAAGCAGGUCUUCAAAGCUGAGAACAAUCCCUGGGUCACUCCCAUUUCUGACCAGUUCCAACUUGGAGUCUCGCAUGUUUUUGAAUAUGUACGCUCUGAGACCUACAAAUAUCUCUAUGGGAGACACAUGCAGGCCAACCCAGAACCGCCAAAGAAGAGCAACGACAAGAGUAAGAAGAUCAGCCGCAAACCACUGGCAACCAAAAACAAAUAAAAACAACAGUUGGGACACUUUGUACUGCAUUAGCUAGCCAGACUCACUGCAUGUGCCUUUCAGUAGCUUCAUUUCAAAACAAUUUAUAUCGCAAGUGAAAUGUGUCUACUAUUUUAAAAAUAUAUAUUAACAUUUUUGAUACCACUGUGUUGGAGUCUAACAUGGAGUCAAAGGCAAAGUAAAAGGAAAAAAAAUCCCAAAUUUAUCACAGGCAUCUAUUUUUUUGCAUUAUUUUAUAUUUAAAAAAAAAAAAUGAACAGCAUUGUUAAGGCUUGUCUUCACAAUAGGAUUCCCCCCCCCCCCCAUGCGUUUGCCUUUGUUACAAAAAGCUUUUAUUCUGCCUGUGUCUUUAACUUUAUAAAUAUAAACUAAUCAAUCAAGAUUGCAAAAAAAUGCUUUUAAUGUUAUUUUGUAAGGCAGGACUUGUGCACGUGUUGCUCAACAAAUCAAAUAUUUGUUUUUCCUUUCA